AUGAAUCUUUUACGUCGUCCUCUCCGUCCACGUCUUCGUCCAUUAUUACUUAGUGAUAUAACAAUAGAUGGACAAAGUGAACCUUUAUCACCACUUUCAUCAGUAUCAAGUUCAACAAGUAAUUCAGCUCCAUCAUCACGACCAUCAAGUGAUACACGAUCACCACGUUAUUUACCACCAUUAGUUGAAGAAGCUAGUCAUCAUGCUAGUCUUGUUACACCAUUUCAAAGUGAACAACCAACACUUGUUGAUCAUUUAACUGUUGCAAUGAAUGAUGAUGAACAAAAAGACGAUGACGACGACGUUGAUGAUGAUGAUGAUGCUAAGAACAAAAAAAUUUCACGAUUAAAAAAAUCUAAAAAAUUUUUAGCACCACUUAAACCACGUGAAUAUUCACAAUUUAGUGCAUUACAUCAUGCAGUAAGAACAUCAAAAUCACGAACACUUAAUCGAUCACCAAAAUUUAAAGGACCACCAGGUUUACCAAUUAGACGAACACGUACAUUUCAUGAUAUUAAAUCACGUUAUACACAAAUAACAGAUGAUGAUACUUAUACGAUUAUUAAUCAAUUUACAUUUAAUGAUUUUAUUCUUCAUUCAUCAAUAUCAAAAACACAUCCAUAUGAAGAAUGUACAUUAGAAAAAGCUAUUUUAUCAAAAUAUACUUAUAAACAAAUAUGUGAAAUGAUUGCUGAACGUGUUUGGUCCGAACGUGGUGAAAGUGGAAAAAUUCAUGUACAAACACUUGUACCUAAUAUUGAACCAUUUCAAAGUCGAGUACCUAUGCAUCAAAUUGUAACUGAAAUGGCUCUUGUUCUUCGACAACAUAUGUCACAAAUACUUGGUUCACAACUUAAAAUGAAUAUAAGAGCAUUACCAAGUUGGCGUCAAAAAGAAGGUGCUCAUACAGAGAUUCUUCUUUAUGAAAUUGAAAACCGAGAAGAAUCACAAAAUGAUGAAAAAACUCUAUCAAAAGAAAAUUCACUUGAACUCAAACGUGAUACAGGCGCUGAAAUAGCUGUUCUUGAUAGUUUAUUAAAAAAUGGUACUCAUUUAGAUUUACGUGCUUUUACACUUGAACAUUUACCAGAUAUUUCACUUAUGUUUACAACAUUACUUGCUAUUGAUCUAUCAUAUAAUUGUUUACGCACUGCACCAAAAGAAUUAUUCGAAUGUACGAAACUUGAACAUCUUUAUUUACGUCAUAAUCCAAUCUCAUCAAUUUCAUCAGGAAUGAAUAAUCUCAAAACGCUUGUUUUUCUUGAUAUGUCAUUUUGUGAAUUACAUGGUUCACUACCUGACAGUUUAUUUAGUUUAAUUAAUCUUCGUCAUUUGGAUAUAUCAUAUAAUCGUUUAACAAAUAUUCCAAGUGGAAUAUCAAAUUUAAAAAAUCUUCGACAAUUAGUUUGUGAUGGAAAUGAAAUUACUUGUUUACCAUCAAGUAUGAUUUGUAUGGAAAAUCUUCGAUUAAUUACAGCAAAAAAUACAUGGCUUUUACCACAAUUAGCUAAAGAUGAAUGUACAACAAAACCUCAAAAAUUACUUGAAUUACUUACUGUUCAGUUUAGUAAAUAUCAAUGGAAACAUUUUAUACAUAAACUUCCUGAUUCAUCAAAAACAUUAUUAUUUAAUGCUCAAUUAUGUGAUUCUUGUUCGGGUCUACGAGUUUCAAAUGGUUAUCGUACAAUUAUAAUAUGUCAAAAUUUAUUUGGUAUUAAAUUCUUACCUAUACUCUUUAUUAGUUGUACACCUGAAUGUAUACAAAAAUUACUUGUUGAUGAAAAUGAUCGUACUCAUAUUCUGUCUAAAAAUUCUUUUAUUAUUAAUGAUAAAUUUAUUUCUAAACUCAAAAAGCGUCAAAUGUGA